UAUAUAAUUCUUGGCAUUGUUAAUGCAUUUCAAGCUUUUCGGCAAGUUCAAUCGCUUUGCCUUCGUUGAAAGUAUGUUAAUUCUUGUUACUGGGGCAUCUGGGUAUCUAGGCGGAAGGCUGUGCCGUGCAUUAUUGAAUCGAGGCUUCUCCGUUAGGGCUUUGGUCCGUCCGACCAGCGACCUUUCUUCUCUUCCUCAUGAUCCUUCUGCUCUUGAGCUCGUUCAUGGCGAUAUCACCGAUUACCAGUCGCUUCUAGAGGCAUGCUUGGGCUGCCAUGUCGUCUUCCACGCGGCCGCAAUGGUCGAGCCGUGGCUUCCUGAUCCAUCGAAAUUCAUUUCUGUCAACGUACGAGGGUUGCAGAACGUGUUGCAAGCGGUUAGAGAGACGAAGACAAUCGAGAAGAUUAUUUAUACGUCGUCCUUUUUUGCGCUUGGCUCAACCGAUGGAUACGUUGCCGUUGAAAACCAGGUUCAUCACGAGAAGUUCUUUUGUACAGAGUACGAGAAAUCAAAGGUCAAUGCUGACAAGAUUGCAUUGCAAGCUGCAUCUGAAGGGAUUCCGAUAGUGCCGGUUUAUCCCGGAGUUAUCUAUGGUGUUGGAAAAUUCACGGCUGGGAAUGUUGUUGCUCGCAUGCUGAUUGAACGGUUCAAUGGGCGACUACCGGGAUAUUUAGGCCAAGGAAACGACAAGUUUUCUUUUAGCCACAUCGAUGAUGUGGUAGAAGGGCAUAUUGCAGCAAUGCAGAAAGGUCGAGUAGGCGAGAGGUAUCUUCUAACAGGAGAGAAUGCAUCAUUUGUAGAAGUUUUUGAUACGGCUGCAGCCAUUACUGGUACAAAGAAACCGAUCUUUAAUAUUCCAUUGUGGUUAAUUGAAACCUAUGGCUGGGUUUUAGUGUUCAUCUCUCGAAUAACAGGGAAACUUCCUCUCAUCAGCCCCCCGACUGUGAAGAUUUUGAGACACCAGUGGGCAUAUUCCUGUGAGAAAGCAAAACAAGAGCUGGAUUAUAACCCCAGAAGCUUAAAAGAGGGAUUAGAAGAAAUGCUAGCAUGGCUAAAGAGCGUGGGUUUGAUAAAAUAUUAAGAAAGAUGGAUCUAUGUUGCAAAUUUAUUUUGUUGCUAGUCUUCCGUUCUCUCUGUAAUAUCACUGUUCAAAAAUAAAAAGCUGAUACCAAACUUUGGUUAUGAACUGAAAAGUUCGAUAUAA